AUGGCCGGAGUCAACCCCUACGCUGCCCCCGCCUCGCACGGCGACGACGCCCUCCCCGUCGCCUCUUCGACGGCCAAGAUCGACUUCCAGCACGCCGCCUCGCUCAAAAACACCCGCCUCACCGUCGCCGCCCACUCGCUCCUCCACCCAAAGGGCACCGAGCCCGUCACCGACAAGCUCUACUCGGGCUUCGUCGAGCACCUCGGCCGCGGCAUCUACGGCGGCAUUGUAGACAACCCGAGCGACCCCAGCCCCUCGCACCUCCUCCAGCCCCAGCAAUUUGACGGCCAGAAGCACACCGAGGACCGCCUCGGCUUCCGCAAGGAUGUCAUGAAGAUCAUCGCAAAGGAUGGCGAGCUCGAGAUGCCCAUCCUCCGCUGGCCCGGAGGCAACUUUGUCAGCAACUACCACUGGCAGGACGGCAUCGGACCCAUCUCGCAGCGCCCCAAGCGCGUCGAGCUCGCCUGGCUCUCGACCGAGACCAACCGCUUCGGCACCGACGAGUUCAUCGAGUACUGCAGGGAGCUCAAGGUCGAGCCCUACCUCUGCCUCAACAUGGGCACGGGCACCUACGAAGAGGCCCUCGCCUGGCUCGAGUACUGCAACGGCACCGGCGACACCUACUGGGCCAACCUCAGGCGCAAGAACACGGGCAAGGACGAGCCGCACAAUGUCAAGUACUGGGGCCUCGGAAACGAGAUGCACGGCCCCUGGCAGGUCGGCUUCCUCAACGCCACCGACUACACAAAGAUGGCCGCCCGCUGGGCCCACGGCCUCAAGCUCGUCGACCCGAGCAUCAAGCUCGUCUCGUGCGGCAACCAGGGCAACUCGGAGUGGGACCGCGAGGUCCUCAUGGGCCUCAUUGGCAUCGUCGACUACCACUCGAUCCACCUCUACUCGAUGCUCGGCCACGAGCGCUUCAGCACCGUCGUCGGCUUCGACUACGAGAAGAACGUCUUUGGCCCGGCGGCGGCCGAGCGCGGCAUCGAAAUCUGCCAGUCGCUCAUCGAUCUGGCAAAGAUCCAGAACGCGACGGCCAUCCUGGACUGGAACAAGUUUGACCAAAAGGUGACGGCGCGCGACGUCAAGAUCUGCUACGACGAGUGGAACGUGUGGGACGAGGUCAAGGCGCCCGGCAGCAACGGCCUCGAGCAGGCAUACGACUACACCGACAUGCUUGGCGUGUGCGCCUGGCUCAAUGUCCUCGUGCGCAAGUCGAAGGACAUUGGCAUCGCCUGCAUCGCCCAGAGCGUCAAUGUCAUCUCGCCGCUCCUCACCUCGCCCGAUGGCCUCCUCUUCCAGACGACCUACUGGCCCCUCCGCCUCUUUUCCAAGUACAUGAAGAACGGCCACCUCCUCAACCUCGGCUUCACGCCCGAAGUCUACUCCGGCCCGACCUACCCGGCAUGGAUCCAGCACAUGGCGGCGCCGGCGUACGUCGACGUCGUGGGUCUGAUUGCGCACGACGAGCAGGACAGCAACAAGGCGAGCAUCCGGAUCAGUGUGCUCAACCGCCACCCCUCCGCCGACUGGGCGGGUCAGUUUGAUUUCGAGGACUUCAAGGUCGAGAGCGUCGAGAACCACACGGUCUACUCGGACGACCUCUCUGCCAAGAAUACCUUUGACAAGCCGGACACGGUCAGGCCGGAGGUGACGACCAAGACGGGCGACGAGUGGGCCCAGCAGGCCAGCUGGACUGUGAGGAAGCACUCGUGGAGCUUCUUUAUCUUCCAGGGUAGCCUUGCCUGA